GCUCCCAAUUUGGUAUUCAAUAAUAAUCAGUCGGUCUAGAAAUUAGUAACCCUGUACCUGAGAAUGUUGAAUCCCUAACACGGUGCGAGCUGAAACUCGAAGCUAAGCUCUUAGCUCUCUGUGACAAUGGAACCAGAAAUUCAGCUGAAAAUCCAGGAAACGGUACUCCACAUACUAAGGAAAGCUGACAUGAAUGAGAUGACUGAGUUCAAGGUCCGUGCUGCUGCUUCGGAGAGACUCGGUAUCGACCUAUCUGAUAUCCACUGCAAGAGAUUUAUCAGAGGCUUGGUUGAGUCCUUUUUGCUUUCUACAUUGGAGGUUGGUGCCGAGGAGGGUAAAGAGGCCGGUUCUAGCAAUGGAGGUCGAGAGGACACACCAGAAAUGGCGCGAGAAGGGCAGCAAGAAAUACCGAGGAAGGAAUUUGAUAGCGAGGGAAAUCGCGUUAUUUGCAAGCUAUCCAAUAAAAGGAACGUGGUGAUUCAGAAAUUUAAAGGGAAAUCAUUUGUAUCGAUCUGGGAAUUUUAUCAUAAAGAUGGAAGACAGAUUCGUUCUAAUAAAGGAAUUAGCUUGACUGGUGAACAAUGGUUAGCCUUCAGAAAGAGUGUCCCUUUAAUAGAAGAAGGCAUUAUAAAGUUGAAAUCAAAGUCAAGAUCCAACCUUCAUGAUGAUUCAAAUGAGCAAAUCUCUAAUUUGGCGACUGCUUCUACUCCUUGUGAACUUAAUAGACAAGUCUUUAACAUGGUGACUGCCUCUUCUCAUGUACUCAGUGGAGAAGCCCCUAAUUUAGUGACUGCUUCUAGUCCUUGUGAACUUAACAGGCAAAUCUCUAAUAUGACGACUUCCUCUACUCACAGACUCAAUGGAGAAGCCUCUAAUUUGGUGACUGCUUCUCGGCUGCAUGAGCAGGUCUCUACAUCAGUUAAUGAUUCUACUCCUAAUGAACAUACCAGCCAAGUUUCUCAAUUGGUGAAUACACCUUCUUUUCAUGAAUUUGUUCCUUUUGAGAUCAAUCGGUUUGAUGGGAAGAAUUAUCAACUUUGGGCACCCUUUAUGGAGUCGUUCUUGGAUAAAUUGAAGAUUGCAUAUGUCCUCACUGAUCCAUGCCCUAGUGUUGAUAUAAGACCAGAAGCAAGUGCUGAAGAAAUUGCUCAAGCCAAAGCUGCUGAGCAGAAAUGGUAUAAUGAUGAUCAUCUGUGUCGCCACAACAUCUUGACUUCUCUAUCUGAUGCUCUUUAUUAUCAAUAUUCAAAGAAGACUAAGAGUGCCAGGGAACUAUGGGAAGAACUAAAAUUAGUUUAUCUUUAUGAGGAGUUUGGAAAGAAGAGAUCUCAAGUUAGAAAUUAUAUUGAAUUUCAGAUAGUAGAUGAAAGACCAGUUCUUGACCAGGUUAAAGAACUCAAUAACAUAGCAGAUUCUAUUGUUGCUUCUGGAAUGUUUUUUGAUGAGAAAUUUCAUGUUAGUGCCAUCAUUUCCAAGCUUCCCCCAUCGUGGAAAGACUUCUGCAUCAAGUUAAUGUGCGAGGAGUAUCUGCCUUUUCGGAAGUUGAUGGAACGUAUAAGGGCGGUGGAAGAGUCUCGCAACCAGGACAAGCAAGUGGAGCCUACGAAUUCUCUAUUCUUUAAUCAUGCCAAGAAUGAAGGACCAGGUAUGAAAGAUAUGCAGAAGCCGAGAAUGAAUGGGAAGAAACGAGAAACAGAGACUGAUGACAAGGCUGUAAUCUGCUACUCUUGUGGGAAAAGGGGGCAUAUCUCUAAGCACUGUCGAAACAGGAAGUUGGACAAGGAGGCUAAUGAGUAGCCUGACAAGGAGAAAUCAUUUGAUCCUGCAUUUACAGAAGCAAAUAUGGAGCACAAAUGAGUAGCCAAUUCAUUUGGUUAAAGCCUGUUUUCAAUUUUGUAGCAUGGAGAUGCUCUAUUCUGGCUUAUUUGGUAGAUACAAAGGAAGAUUUAGGAUAAAUAUUUUGCUGGACUUACUAAGAUUUUGAGGCUAUUCCUGGUUUGAGUCCUGCAUUAGUUUGUAAAAUAGUUGUAGCUGUUUGUAUCCAUUCUUUGCAAAAGCGAAUGGCUAAGGGAUUGUCCGUUUUCAUAA